UAGCACCAAUAUAGGAGCGCGCAUCUGUGCGCCUCUGGAGUGAUGCAUUCUGUCACUAGAGAUCACAAACCUGGGAUGAUGGACAUAAUGAACGAGGAGCAGAUGGAGAACGGACUGGACUCCGAUGAUGAUCUUCAACCCGACGAGAUACCCGAGUUCCUGAAAGACAGGAGAAGAGCCAAGUCCUUACCUGCGUAUCCAGAGCAGGCGAGCCUGUACCACCAGAUCUCCCAGAACUGCAGGAAACGCGUGAAGUUCGCGGACGCGCUCGGCUUGAAUCUGGCGAGCGUCAAGCACUUCAGCAGCAGCGACGAUCCUCAGAUUCCAGCUAAAGUCUUCACCAGGCUGAAGAGCUUCCCUCUCCACAGGGACCGGGAGAUCAUGGAUGACUUGUGCGUGAACAUCAAGUCCUCUCUGGCUCUGGACUAUCUGGUCCCGGCGUUCAAGACGCCCGUGGACUCCGGUGACUUGGAGACGCGGCUGACGCGCUGCCGCGUCGCGCUGGAAAGCGCCACGGUCACGCAGUUCGAUGUCCGCGGGAUCAUACGGGCGUUAGGUGCGAGAGAGGUCGGCGUCAGGUAUACUUUCAACGACUGGCUGUCGUUCGUGGACGCGCAAGCCAUGCGCGUGCCCACAGAGCACAGGGCGCGCGGAGAUCGCUUCUCCUUCACCAUGUUCACGCCUCCUUUCUUAGGACCGAGCGCUGCUGUGCACUUCGCCGUGUACAUGAGGGAUGAUAACUCUGAGUUCUGGGACAACAACGAUGGGAUGAACUACUCUCUGAAGCACCACAGCUCGUCAUCCAGCGAGAUAUGA